AAAUGCGCUCUACUUCAAAGGAAAUUGGGAGAAAAAGUUUAAUGCAUCACAGACGAGACAGAGAUUUUCACCUACUCAAUGGAGAAAAAGUUUCAACCCCUUUUAUGACCUCUAUGAAUUACCAAUUUUUCGGAUCCUUUGAUGGUUUCAAACUUGUCAAGAUCCCGUAUCAAAAGGGCGAAGAUGGAAGGCAGUUCUCAAUGUCAAUAUUUCUUCCCAACGAGAGAGAUGGGCUGCAGAGUUUGAUACAACAGUUUGAGUCUAAUAAUUGGUUCUUGCAUCAUCUUUCCGAGCUACGAAAAGUUGAACUUGAUGCUUUCUGGAUUCCAAAAUUUAAGUUCCCACACAAAAUGGAUGCUAAAAAAACCAUCAAAGAAUUGGGAUUGACAAGGCCUUUCAAAUAUCAUGAGGAGCUCACAGUAAUCUCCAACACCAAGGGACUUGUUUUCUCAGAGAUUUUUCAAACAUGUUACAUAGAAGUCAACGAGGAAGGUACAGAGGCUGCAGCUGCUGCAUAUAUGGGUAAAUUGUUGUGCCGUUCUGGUUAUAUGGCUCCAAAGCCAACCUUUGUGGCCGAUCAUCCUUUCAUCUUCAUGAGUAGGGAAGAAUCAUUUGGGGUUGUGUUAUUCACUGGAGCUGUCAUCAAUCCUCUCUUGAAAGGCUGAUUCACUCAUCGCAGAAUGGUGAAAUUGAUGCUGCAUACUGGAGGAUUUCAAAGUUUUCUUCUUCUUCUUUGGUAAAUAAGAUUUCAAAAAAGUUAGCAAGUUGCAGAUUCAUACACUCAUAAUAUUGUUCUUAACAAGGCUGCUGCUUUUUUUUUU